AUGCACUACGGCGCUUAUCCCGGCCAUUAUCCCACGGCGCCUCAAGCGGGAGCGUCUUAUCACCAGCAGCCGGCUCACGGUGCUGCUCCUCCGCCUCCUUAUGUUGCGCCUCAAGCCCAAGUUCCGUCACAACCGUAUGCGGUCGUGGGGUCGCAGUAUUGCCUGCCGUACGAGACUGUGCUUGUAAUGAAGGAGAAGAUGUUCUCGUUAAGCGAAGCGAAGAAGGUCAAAGAUACAAACGGGAAUCUGCACUUCAAAGUCGCAAACAGACUGCUAUCCAUUCCCAACAAGACGGAAAUUCUGGACGCCACAGGAGCACCCGUGUGCAUGCUAGUAGGCAAGGUGUUAACUCUGCACAACACCACCUACCUCUGCCCGGGGAGCAGCACAGAAACCGACGGUCACUUGCUUAGAGCAAGGAGACCUUACAUCACCUUUCAACCCGUUAUUGAGGUGUUUUUACGGGAUCGUCACCUGCAACAACAUGCUAUUGGCCGAAGUGAACCGUGA